AGGAAGACAAAAGUUUGUCACUCACACAUUCACUUAAUUGUCUAAAAGCAGUAGCAAUGUCAGCUGCCGCCGUAUCUUUCUCAAUCUCCGUCGCCACCAAUUCUCUCAAGAACGUGACUCUUUCGUCCACAUCGCCUCUCCCAUCCGCGAACUCCGUCGCUUUCCCUUCUCGUGGACGCAAUUCUCUUCAGCGGCGUUUCGUUCUCAACGCUGGAAACGGAUCCAAGUAUACGAUCCUAGUUGCUGAGAAGCUCGGUGAGGCUGGUUUAAAGCUCUUGGAGGAUUUCGCGAAUGUGGACUGCUCGUAUAACAUGACCCCCGAGGAGCUGAUUACUAAGGCCUCGCUCUGUGACGCUUUGAUCGUGCAGAGUGAAACCAAGGUUGGCCGUGAGGUGUUUGAAUCGUCUCGCGGACGGUUACAGGUUGUCGGAUGCGCUAGUGAUCGGUUCGACAACGUGGAUCUGAAUGCAGCAACGCGGUCUGGGUGUCUGGUCGUUAACACGCCGAAGGCAAAAACGAUCCCUGCCGCUGAGCACGCAAUCGCUCUUAUGGCUGCCAUGGCCAGGAACGUCGCCCAAGCUGAUGCGUCUGUGAAGGCUGGAGAGUGGGAGAGGAACAAGUAUGUGGGUGUUUCACUUGUGGGAAAGACCCUUGCAGUUUUGGGAUUAGGGAAAGUUGGGUCGGAAGUUGCUCGCCGUGCCAAGGGUCUUGGUAUGCGAGUCAUUGCUCAUGAUCCCUAUGUACCAGCAGAGAGUGCACAUGCCAUUGGUGUUUACUUAGUGAGAUUCAGAGAAGCCAUCGUGACCGCGGAUUUCAUUUCUGUGCACUUGCCUCUUACGGAAAAAACAUCGUUAAUACUAAACAGUGAUACCUUUGCAAGAAUGAAGAAAGGAGUUCGCAUCGUCAAUGUUGCUCAUGGAGGUCUCAUAGACGAAGACGCGUUAGUGAAAGCUCUGGAUUCUGGUAUUGUUGCUCAGGCUGCACUUGAUGUCUUCAGUGAAGACAGCAAGCUUGUGAAGCACGAGAGUGUCACUGUGACACCUCAUCUCGGAGCCAGUAGUAUGGAGGCCCAGGAAGGAGCUGCCAUUGAAAUUGCUCAAGCUGUUGUUGCAGUUCUGAAAGGAGCAGAGCUUCCUGCUCAUGCAGUCAAUAUGUUUUCUGAUGAGCUUCCAACCAAGGUGAAAACAUAUCUGGAACUAGCUCAUAUUUUAGGAAGAAUGGUAGCGCAACUGGUGGCCGGUGGUGUGAACAAUGUGCAAAUCACAUAUGGCUUGCCACGAGUUACUGACGAACUUGACCCCAAAUAUGUACGAGCCAUGAUCGUCCAGAGAAUCCUCGAUCCAAUCUGUUCUGAGGUAGAUGUCCUAUUCUUCAAAGCCAAGCAGAGAGAUCUGAGUUUGACAGAGGAACGUUGGCUCUUGGACGGGUCACCAGAGAGCCUGAUGGAGACGAGAACCUUUCAGGUAGGCAAAAAAGGAGAGGCCAAAGUGGAAGGAUGGGUUAAAGAUGGAGUCCAGCAUUUGAUAAAGAUGGGUGAUCUUAAGAUCGUUAUGAGUUGUGAAAUCUCACUGGACGAUGUGAUUCAAGAACCUGUGCUUCAACGAACUCGUAACCGGCCUAAACGUGAAGUUUAAAAACGCACACACAGAUUCUUCUAUGAUGCAAUGGCUGUGUAACAGUACAUUAGCGGUUGAUCAUUUUGUAAAGAAAAAACGGAUGAUGAAUCAAAAACCUCGUUACAUUUAUCUUCUGCGGUAAAUUUGUUGUAAUUGUGGAAGAUAUAGAGCUUCAGUUGACCAAGUAGUACCGUUUUGGGUAAUAAUCUGACCCGUUUUAA